AUGGCGUGUCAGCAUCUCCAGCUGGUUGUCCGUCUGAGAAAGGAUGGGUUUCCAGCAAACGACAACCACAACAACUCGAGUGCGCUGCGCAGCACCAUGCUGCUGCCCGUUCCACCCAAGUUCUUUCCUCCUGUGAAGCUGAAUGAGGAUGACGAGUCGCACUUGCGGCGCCUGGCCAAGGAGAAGCUACGAGGGAUGCAGGAUUUGCUACAAGGACGGUACUCGCAAAUGAUGAAUUGGGUCCCAUGUGAGGAGAAAGGACAAGCGACGUCUCUCGACGGACCGCAAGUGAUGAAGACCCACUUCAUCGACAUGGAGAACAAUUCCCAGCGCGCCCAUGCGUGCAUGUUGUAUCGGUCGACGAUCGUCGUCAACGCGUCCUUUUCCGAGGUGAUGAAUGCGAUCGCCUCGUGCAAGACGGACGAGUACCGCAAGCAAAUGCGAGGGCUGUAUGGCUCCGACUUUGUCGACGGCGUGUGCCUGCACAAACUUCCGCAAACCAAGCAAAACCGACCCGCGUACUUUUACACAGCGCUCAAGUGGUGUGUGCUGCAGCCCCCGUCCAAAGUGAACGGCCUCGGCAGCGACUUUUGCUUUCUCGAGUAUGCGGGCAUCCACAAGGAAACUGAAGUCAACGAAAAGAUGGGGUUCUGCAUCCAGCAAAGCGUGUCCAUGGACAGUGAAGUGCCCGACUUUGCACACUACGGCCUCCAGCGCGACACAUUCCAGCGCACGGGGCUGCUCGUGACGGCCACCGGCCGCGAACACACGGUCCGGCUCACGUCGUUCUGCCAGAUCCAAAACGCCCGGCUGCAACCCGCGCACCCGCGGGACCUCGAGCUCAUGAUGUUUCGGCGCGUGGCGGCGGUGCGCGACUUCGCCAUGUACCUGGAGCGAGGUCGGUUGGGCAAGAUGCAGUUUGUCGAGCGCUGGCGGUGGAUUCCAGACACGGACCGGCGGACAUGUGCCGUGUGCCUCAAGAUGUUUCUGUUUCGACGCAAACAUCAUUGCCGCCAAUGCGGCGAAGUGGUAUGCAACAUGUGCUCGCCCCAUCGGGAGAUCGACGCGACCAACAUUGGCCUCACCCGCGUGCGCAUUUGCACCAUUUGCAUGAUGCGCGCUCGAAGUGACCAAGCAAUUCCGGAUGACCACUGCGGCAGCUCCGUGUUCACUGUCAACGUUGACCCGAGCGUGGUCGAGUUUUUGCAGUCGCCGCCGCACAAGGGCGGCCGCGAACAUGACGACGAUAACGACGACGACGAAGCAUUUGACCGACAAGACAGCGACGAAGACGAUGAAACGAGGCUCGUCGUGGCUCGACGUACUACUUUGCAACAGCAGCGAACGGCGUUGGCUUACGACACGAUGCAUCGAUCCAAGCAGCAGGCGACCACACCUACAUUUGCCCCGACCCCCAGCAAUAACAGCAACAUGCUUGCGAGCACGCCGCGCCCCGUGCUCGAGUUCGACGACGACGACGACGCCGACUCGGACUUUGUGCCGGUGGUGCUGCCGCCUCCUCCCGAACGACGCACGUCGAGCAACAUGCGGCCGUCGCCCCCGUUUCCACAGCCCAACAACUCUCAUCCCCAGAGUAACAACCAUCGCCUCUUGACAUUUCCCCACCCGCAGCAUACCCUUUCCGCGUACAGACCCCAGCAGCCGCCGCAGUUGGCGCAGUUUCCAUAUCCAUCCUCAUUCAACCAGGCCAGCGACAUGGAGUCCACCGUGAGCUUUCAAACCAACGCCACCGACGACACCGAGUGUCCAUAUGCGACCCAAAACUAUGGCAAACUCAUGCACGAGUUUGACCAGCCCCCCCCUCCCCAGCAGCCCCCCCACUCCCCCCACCCCCACAACAACAACUCUGUCGACCACGCCUUCGGUACCAACUUGUCCAGCAAUCGCAGCAACCCACCGCUGCCCACCCGACGACCCCCCCCUGUUGACAACCUGAGCAACUUUACCCUGCAACUCCAGAUUUCCGAAGCUACCCAUCCUACCCCACCUGGCCCCCUCACGAUGACUUCAGCCGGCACGACCGUGUGUCGGCCGCCCCUGACGUCCAACGUAGACCCGCCGCAGUCCCUCCCGCCAACCCUCACGGACAGCAUGAAAGCCAGCCUCUUGGCCCGCCAAGUGUUGCUUAAAUCUCGCGAUCGAAGCGAAUACACGGCGACGCGACCCCCCGCAUCGGGUCGAACCAGCAAAGUCCGCAGCUUGAGCCAUCAUGAACAGCCCACGACAACGACGACAAACCAGCCACAAACACAAACAACUCCCCGCCCCAACUCGACGUCGAUGGAACCCCCGUCCUCUUCCCCCCCCCACGACGAUAAGGACAGUAACGACGACGAUGACAUCGUCGUCCUCCACGCCUCCCUCGCGUUUGCCCGACUCAACCAACGGCCGACGUCCACCACUGGCCCAAACAAAGCCAUCGACCUAGCACUGGACUUUCUCACUGUGGACAUCCCCCUCCUACCCGACCGCCUUCACGUCCUGCGCUCCCUUGAGCUCUUGCUCACGGCGAUCCUCGACGAACAUCCCGAUUGCCUUCGCAUUGACGACAGAUCUAGCUACCGCCCCCUCGUCGCAGCCUACCCGUCCGUCCAGCAUGUCCUGCGCGCCGUCGGAUACACGUCGUCAUCUGCGACAAGUUUGGUGCUGUCGUUGGACCAGGUCGACCAGAGCGUAGUUAGCCACGCCCUGGCCAGUGUCAAGCGUCGAAACAGAGGGCCGUAACACUACUUUUGAUUGGUUACCAAGCAUCUACUGUACAUUGUCCUCCCCCACCACCGUGAAUCGUUAGGAUCUCCCAUCCCCCGAAUCACUUCCGUCCUUGAUAUGUCUUGCUCCUCCAGACAUUACAGAUCGAUCCCCUUUGCAAUCCGUCGAGUUAUUCGUGCAAUAGUUAUUA